AUGUUCAUACGAUCAUGUCCAUACGAUCAUGCCAUGGGAGGCGUACAGACUGAAAUGCCGGCAGUAGGUAGUGUCGUAUAUGGUAGCUGUGACACGAACAUGGUCAUUGGUGGACCGAAUGAUGUGGAUGGGAACCGUGACUCUGAUAGACAGCAGUCCAUGGACGUUAUUGUGUUGCUAGCUUUAGCUUUGGCGUUUUACAUUAUUUCUCAACUUCAUGUCUACUUUAACCUCAACAUGUCAAUACAUUAG